AUGCCAACCGCCAUCGUCACGGGCGCCACAGGAAUCCUCGGCCGCGAAAUCGUCCACCAACUCGCCAAAACGCCCAACGUCUGGACAACCGUACACGCGCUCUCGCGCUCCCAAAAAGAACCCUACCCAGAGCACGUCCAGCACGAUAAAAUCGACCUCCUCGCGACACCAGAAGAUAUCGCGGAGCAGUUAAAGGCCCAGAAUGUUGAGGCCGAGUACUUGUUCUUUGCAGCGUAUUUGCAGAAGGGGGAUGAUGAGGAGAUGGAUAGGAUUAAUGGCGACAUGCUCCAGAACUUCCUCACCGCGCUGACCCUCACCGGGGCCGAAAAGAAACUGAAACGAGUGAUCCUGACCACCGGUGCGAAGCACUACGGCGUGCAUUUGGGUCCCGCCAAGGUGCCGAUGGAAGAGUCAGACCCCUGGGUUGAGGGGGAGGGACGGCCACCGAACUUCUACUAUCGACAGCAGCGUAUCCUCGGUGAGAAGAGUCGGCAGAGUCAAGAAGGCAAGAGAGGUCAGGGAUGGGAUUGGGUGGUGACGUAUCCGAAUGAUGUUAUUGGUGUUGCCAAGGAUAACUACAUGAACCUAACCACCGCGCUGGGCAUCUACGCGACCAUCACGAAAGAGCUCUCCGCCCCGUUCAAAUUCCCCGGUUCUGUUGACUUCUAUACCCGAUUUGACAGCUUCACGAGCGCGCGCUUCCACGCCGUGUUCUGCCUCUGGGCGAGCCAGGAGCAAGGGUGCUCGAAUGAAGCCUUCAAUGUGGUAAACGGUGACGUGCAGUCCUGGCAGACAUUGUGGCCGUUGUUGGCGCGUCGGUUCGGUCUCGAGGUCCCCCGUGAGCAGUUCAAGUCAGGACAGCAUGAGAAGGUAUUGCCAUUGAUCGAGAGGCCGCCGAUCGCGGACUGGGCCGGGAGUAUGGGACUUGCCGAUCGGGUGAAACGCGGAGAGGUGCAGAUGAUGGUGGACUUGGAGAAGUGGGCGGCGAGGGAUGAUGUGAAGGGAGCGUGGGAGAGGGUGGCGAAGAGGGAGGGAUUACAGGCAGAUGCGUUGGAGAAGGCAACGUGGUUCUUUUUGAACUUCGUGCUGGGACGGAACUAUGAUGUCGUGAUUAGUAUGGACAAGGCAAGAAGGUUUGGGUUUACCGGGUCGGUAAACUCGUGGGAGGCGCUGAGUGAGAGUCUGGAUGGCUUGGUUGAGGCGAAGGUCUUGCCGGGAUUGAGGGCGUGA